CGGCUGCACCAGUUUUUGCGUCGCAUUGAUGCUCAGCAGAUUCUCCAGCCACUUACCCAGCCUCGCUAAAGCGCUACUGUGCAUCUCUGGCCCUACAGGCUGCGUCUCACAGCUGGCAGGCGUGAUAGCCCAGCAGUGAUGCUCUCCACCUUCCUGCGGCGCCGCGGCGCACGAGUGGUCAGGCGAUACGCCGCCACCGCGCCAUCAAACACGCUCACCCUGGUAGCCGUGAACGACGUCUACGACCUCGAGCACCUGCCGAAGCUGCGCACGCUCGUCGAUACCGUCAAGGCGGAGCGUGCGGGCGGCACGGUGAUCACGACUUUGGCUGGUGACUUCCUGUCGCCGUCGGUGCUCUCGUCAUUAGACCGAGGCCGUGGCAUGGUCCAGGUGCUCAACGCCGUCGGCGUGGACUACGCCUGUUUCGGGAAUCACGAGGCCGAUGUGGGGCUCAAAGCGCUCAGGAAGCGCAUCGGCGAGUUCUCUGCGACGCUGAUCAACAGCAACGUCCCGGGCGCCGUCGACGGCGCGCCCGCGACCGCCGUCGUAUCGUUACCGGGCGGCAAGCGCGUCGGCCUGCUGGGCCUGCUGACGUCGGAGCCGGGGGUCUUCCGGAAGGACGUCUUCCGCGGCCUCGUAAUUGAGGACGCGCUCGCCACGGCGCAGACAUUGUCGGCCGAGCUCCGCGCCGACGGCGCGUCCGCGGUCGUCGCCCUGACGCACCAAUCGAUCGACGCGGACCUCGAGCUAUCACGCGCCGGCUGCGUUGAUUUGGUAGUGGGCGGCCACGAGCACGAACCAUAUCUCGAGGGCGAAGCCUGUAGGGUCGUCAAGACGGGCCAGGAUGCCGUGAGGGCCGCUGUGAUCGACCUCGACGUCUCCGGCGCCAUCGUCGUGACCUCAGUCAAAUUCGAGGACGUGACGCGGUUGGCACCGCACGCCGGCGCCGCCGCGGCCGCCGCCGAGCAGAAGGCGUUCCUGACGAGCCUCGACAACGAGAAGAUCCUCUCCUGCGCAUCCUCCGAGGUGCUCUCGUCGGAAAAAACACGCUUCCGCCAAACCACGGUGGGUCGACUGCUGUGUAGUGCCGUGCGCGACUGGUUCGGCUGCGACGCCGCGAUGAUCAACGGCGGCACGAUAAAAGGAGGCACGACGUACGCGACGCCGGCGCUGUCGCUGCUCGACCUGCGGCGGGAGCUGCCCUUCCCGACGAAAAUGGUCGUGCUGGACAUGCCUGGAUCCGUGUUGAGGGCGGCCGUCGCGCAUUCCCGGAAGGGCGAGCCCGACGACGAGCGGCGGGCCUUCCUGCAGGUCUGCGAUGCCGUGGACGUGGACGAGCGCGACCGCGUCAUUUCUGUACGUGGUGAGCCGCUCGAUCCCGAGAAACUGUAUCAUGUGGCGUUACCGCGGAACCUCUGCAAGGGCCUCUUCAACAUCAAGCCGCUCGUGACCUGGGCGGAAGCCACCGAUCUGCCGGCCGAGGACGACUUCGUCCCGGCCAUGAACUGCGUGCUCUUGCGCCACAGCUACGCGCUGUGGCGGCGCCUCGGCGAGUUCGACGACAUCGACACGAAUCACGACGGCGUGAUUACACGUGACGAGGUCGUCGAGGCGUUAAAACGGCGACGGGGCGUGGCACCGCCGAAGAUCCUGCUCGACAACGUGAUGGAGGCGCUCGACGCGGACCACUCGGGGACUAUCAAUCGUGACGAGUUCGCGCAUCGUGUGGACCACUAGUUGGUGUGUAUAAGUG